AGCAUAGAUAUAUACAUCAAAAAAGAUGCCAAGAAAGGAGUUGUGAAUAACAGGCAGACUGACUGGUCCUUUCGGCUGGAUGGCGUCCUUCACAAUACCUCCCAGGAAGUGGCGUACGAGACUGUGGCCAAGCAAUUGGUGUCUGAAGCUUUAAUUGGGUAUAAUGGCACGAUAAUGUGCUAUGGGCAAACGGGAGCUGGUAAAACUUACACAAUGAUGGGAGCAACUGCCGAGUACAAGCAUCGAGGAAUCAUCCCCCGAGCUAUACAGCAGGUCUUCAAAGCAACUGCACAUUCCCUUGAUCCAUUCGUCACUGUCCGAAUAUCCUAUCUGGAAAUCUACAAUGAGACCUUAUUUGACCUUCUGGCAACCACGACAAGCAAUGGGACCAGUGACAUGCAGAUGGCUGUCGUGGAUUGCCCACAGGGUGUUUAUGUGAAGGGCUUAUCUAUACAUUCAGUUAGCCACGAGGAAGAUGCUUUAAAUCUCCUUUUUGAGGGUGAGACCAACAGAGUGAUAGCAGAGCACACACUGAAUAAAAAUUCAUCCAGGUCCCAUUGCAUCUUUACUAUUUAUAUUGAGUCUCGUUUCAGAGUUUUCUCAGAUGUCAAAUGCAUUAAUUCUAAAAUCAACUUAAUAGAUCUGGCAGGCUCAGAGAGACUGAGCAAGACUGGAUCUGAAGGACAGGUUCUGAAAGAAGCCACGUACAUCAACAAGUCUCUGUCGUUCCUUGAGCAAAUCAUCAUUGCCCUGGCUGAUCCUAAGAGGGACCACAUCCCCUUCCGGCAGAGCAAGCUCACGCACGUUCUCAAGGACUCGCUAGGGGGAAACUGCAAUACUGUCCUAGUGGCAAAUAUCUGUGGUGAAGCUGUGCAUGUCGAAGAGACUUUGUCAUCUCUUCGCUUUGCUACCAGAAUGAAAUGGAUCACAACAGAGCCAGUCAUCAAUGAGACAUAUGACCGAGAGGGAACAGUGAAGGCUUUGGAGAAGGAAAUUAUUCUUCUGAAGCAGGAGCUGGCCAUGCAUGACAGCCUGGUAAAUCGUUCUUUGGUGACUUAUGACCCUCUGACUGACGUCCAGAUAGCAGAGAUUAAGUCUCAAGUCCAUAGAUACCUAAAAGGGGCCAUUGAUGAAAUUGAUAUAGUGAACGUCAGGCAAGUCCAGGAGGUAUUUAAGCAGUUCAAACUGAUUGUAAGUCAACAGGAGCAUGAAGUGGAGGCCAGGUUACGAAGCAAGUACGCCCUGAUAGACAAAAAUGACUUUGCUGCUGUUGCUGCUGUUCAGAAGGCAGGUGUGGUUGAUGUGGAUGGCCAUUUGGUGCAGGAAGAGGAUGGAUGGGAUUUUGGGACUAGAACGACUCCUUUUUCAUCCGGACGUGGUGGGAAGAAGAAAUGCAGGAAAAGCAAUGAGCAGCUCAACCCAGACUCCCCUCCACCCAAGCCAGUGGCAUUUGAGCAGUUUAAGGAGGAGUGCGGAAGCGAGAUCAACCGGAUCUUUAAAGAGAACAAAAGCAUUCUCCUUGCCAGGAAGAAGAGAAGCAGUACAGUAGCGCAGAGGAUCAACUUCAUCAAGCGUGAGAUAGAGAGCAUCAAAAAGGCUCUAGAGGCUCAGAAGCAGGAGCGGUGGCAGCAGGGAGAGUAUGUUGAUGAGAAAGGACAGAUCAUAAUUGAUGAGAAGGAGUUUCUACUCAUCAUGAAGCUGAAGGACCUGAAGGAAGAGUACAGGUCUGGUUAUGCUGAACUGCAGGACCUGAAGGCAGAAAUCCAGUACUGCCAGCAUCUGGUGGACCAGUGCCGCAACAAACUCAUCUCAGAGUUUGAGAUCUGGUACAGCGAGUCCUUCCUUAUCCCCAAGGAUGUGCAGGAAGCUCUGAAGCCUGGUGGCAACAUCAGACCUGGAAUGAUUCCCAUAAACAGAGUCAUGUGCCUGGAGGAAGAUGAGCAGGAGAGGUUUGAGCGGAUGCAGGAGACAACGCUGCCAGGCUGCCCAGCUUCGGUCUCAUUCUACAAGGCGAAAAUGAAGACUGAUCAAAAGCACACGUACACCAGAACCAUGUCAUCCCUCGAGCAAAUGCGCAAGAAACCCGGGCUCAUCACAGCUGCUGGGAAGAAUAAACCCCUGUCGUUUCUGCACGUCAUGUAGCAGAUUCGGGCUCAGCCUGGAACCCAGCAUUCAAUACAA